UUUUGUCUGUCGUCCUCCACGAAGAAAGAAGAAAGGGAGAGAAGAAUGUUACAGUUUCCGACGUUGAUGAGUCAGUUCCCGUCGUCGACGAAGGAAAUACCGGCGUCUUAUUUGCUUCCUUUACAGUGGCCUCAACCGCAGAACGAGGAGAUGCUUCUCGCCAUGGAAGAAGCUGAGUUCGAAGAAAAGUGCAAUGAGAUCAGAAAGAUGAGUCCUGCUUUACCGGUAAUUGGAAAACCAGUCGUUGACAACCAACAAGAAGAGGAUGAUAAUGAAGCAGAGGAUGAUGAUGCAGACAAUGCAGAGGAAUCUGAUGGUGAAGAGUUUGAGCAAGAAACCGGAUAAAAAAACUCUUGAGGCUGGAAACACACACAAGGUCAUUGAUGGGACAGCUUCAUAAAACAGAAUCUCUGGCCGGACCUUCCUUUCUCCACAGUAUCUGACCACAUUCUUCCAGUUACCAACAACCUAUAUGUCAUUUUCACCACACAUAUCUCCAUCACCUCUCUCUCGCCUAUCUAAAUUCAUUAUUCAACUCAAGCAAGACAAGCAGUUUCGUCUUUUACCUCUCCUUCAAAAGCAGUGCGUCUGAGUUUGACCCACCGGUUCUUUUCAUAAACUAUGCAAAUGUGCUCUUCUUCUUCUUCACCACAACCAACCUGCGUCACAUACGUUGAGACUGUAACAGAGACAUAAUGAAGAACGAUAGGACAAAUAUUUGUGACCUU